AUGGCGGCCGCAUCCCUCAGCACUGCGGUCCCUGUGUGGCUGAGAGAGGAGGACCUGAGCUGCAUCAUCUGCCAGGAGCUGCUGGACGGUGCCACCACGCUGCCCUGCGGCCACAGCUUCUGCCUGCAGUGCCUCAGUGACCUGUGGCUCGCCCAGCACGCUGGCGUGGGUGGCCGCCCCUGGGCCUGCCCCCUCUGCCGCGAGGGCCUCGCAGACAGGCCCAAGUUGCACAGGAACACGCUGCUGCAUGACCUGGUGGACAAGUACCGCCAAGCGGCGCAGGAGCUCCAGGCUGGCCCCGAACCCGCCUCCGCGCCUGAGUCUCCUCCUCACCCCGCGCCCCCUCAGGUAGGAAGCCUUCACUGCUCUGCAGAUCGCGCUUGCACCGCUGUACCUCUUGCUUUCGUAAUCUCCUGCCCCGUAACGUUCUCAAUCUAA